AUGAACAAUACCAACGACGUGAGAAUUUGGUUGACAAUCGAUUCCAUUGAAUUAUUAGCUGAUUUGAAGAAAUCUAAUGAGAAUCGCAUUUCGAUUGAAACGACACUCAAUGAAUAUCGUAUUCAGUUUAAUGUUCUUUGCACACGAACAGGAGGUGAAGCAUAUAAAGACAUUUCGAAACAAUUAGCGCAAUUAUAUAUCUUAUUACGUGACGGAGUUAACCAAUUGAAACUUCCGAUACAAUGGUUUCUACAAAUUUUAACGAAGAAUUUGCCACGACGGGUUGAAAUCACGAAAAAUACAGAUUUAUCAAAUUACAAUUCGGAUAUGAUCAAUAAAGUGCAAGCAAGAGAAACUUAUCUUCGUUGUUUUCAAUCAAUUUAUUCGUAUCUGUCAUCGGCCAUGUGCAAAGAUCAACUCGAAUAUGUUUUGAUUUUAUUUGCACUUCUCACACAAGAUAAACUUGAGGGUAUUCAGUUAUUUCAAACGAUAAUGACAAAAUUCAAUCCAGUGAAUCAACAAGUUAUUCCAGAUUUUCUCAAUGAUGAAAAACGACCAUCGUUUGUUGACCGACAUGCAUGGGUAGUUUGUGUUUCGGACGUGAUCAAUAGAAAAUAUCCAAAUCUUUCUGAACAUUUGGUUGAUCAUCAACAAGAAUGGAAAGAAUAUCUUUUUUCGAUGACUAAACUCGAUUUUAUGAAUAAAUCUCCAUUUGAACAGACAACGACAAUGAAUACUAUCGAUCGAUUUCUUCUUUCAAUUAUUUUACUGCCAAAUGAGAUCCCCGAUUUGAUUCAUACGUUUUUCAUCUAUCAUUACGGCGGCCAGCUUCGUGAUGAAUCUGUGUGUUCGAUUAACAGCCGAUAA